AUGACAGACGUCGGCGACAAGAUGGCUUCUGUUCGCUGGGCCUUUCGCUGCGGGUCUUGGACACCAAGCAGCUCCGAGUGGUUGUUUGCUGCUCGCUGUGUUCAGCAGGAGGAGAAAGACAGGAUCGGAAAGUUUGUGUUUGCCAAAGAUGCCAAAUCAGCCAUGGCCGGCAGAUUGCUGCUGAGAAGAUUCGUGUGUGAGAGGAUGUACAUUCCCUGGGCACAGUUCCGCCUGGAACGAUCGCCGAGAGGGAAACCAUUCCUUGCUGCACCACCGGAAGUCAGCCCAGAUGUGGGUGUGGCGCCUCUGACCUGGAGUUUCAACAUCUCCCACCAAGGGGACUAUGCAGUGCUCGCUGCUGAGAAAGGGAUGCAAGUCGGGGUGGACAUCAUGAAGACAUCCAUGCCUGGCAGCAGCACCGUACCGGAGUUCUUCCGCGUCAUGACUCGUCAGUUCACGCCGCACGAGUGGCACGCCAUUCUGUCAGCCGGCUCCGAGCACCGGCAGCUCGCCAUGUUCUACCGCCACUGGGCCUUGAAAGAAAGUUUCAUCAAAGCCAUCGGGACCGGGCUGGGUUUUAAUCUGCAGAGGGCGGAGUUUCACCUGUCUUCUGAAGUGCCCACACAGACCUCCGUGCUCUGCGGGACCAGAAUGCACCUGGAUGAAGAGGAAGACCACGACUGGGUGUUUGAAGAGAGUUUACUUGAUGAAGAUCACCACGUCGCCGUGGCAUUAGGACCCAUGAAGACGCCACGCUCUACACAUCCUACCUCGUAUGUUCCUGCCUUCACACAGCUGUCCUUCACCGACCUCAUCGCCUCCGCCUCACCUUUGACUGAGGAAGACCCCGCCUACUGGGAGAGCUUCCAAGCCAAGGCUGAAGCCCCCUUGAGACAGAGACUCGCACACAUCCAGGCCUGACUUGCUUUGACAGCAGGGAUUAUGUCCACUGAGGAUUCUCAUAGAUUCAUUCGGUCAAUCAGGGCAUGAAUAUUUUAUACGCCGGCCAGGGAACGCUUCAGAAAAGGCUAAAACGCUAAAUCUACCCAGGUAGUUCCUGAUGGAAACUGUUGCGUUUGGACCAGUUGUUCCUCCCCGGGAAUUCAAGUCACAAGUCGCUCCCAAGCUCUUUACGACACUUAAAGCUGAGUUGAAAAACCACAAGAGACAGAAUAGGUAUUUUGUAAUAUAUUUGCAAAGCUUUGCAGAUAUACAUUCAGACCAGUCCAGCAUAGAACAUUCAGAUCGCCCCGCUAAGAUGGUCUGUCCUCCCGACCAAAACCCUCUCCCCUCUUCAAUUUCUCGAGUCAAAACACAUGCACAUUAUCUCUCGAGUCAAAACACAUUCCAAAGAUCAAGGUUAACACACACAGUUUACUUGCAGACAAACAGAAAGAGAACAAAUGGAAAACACGAGCUGUUUUCAAAUAUGACUUAUGAAAUAAAAGAAGUAACACUUAAAUUCGGAUAUAUGUAAAUAUCUGCCUCCGACAAAACCCAGAGGGGUACUUUAUUUACCCGGAAAGUUCCUGUCCAUUACGUCGAUCACGAGCUACCGGUCGAUCGCCAGCCAGGCAUUAAAAGAAUAGACCUAAAAAUGAGCGAUCAUCAAUCUUCACCAAGAUGUCACUUACCUCACUUGAUUGACAUUCACCACACCCGACGGUCUUGUGAGGUGACGCUUGCUGCUGCCCGAUCAUUAUUAAGAAAAAAUGACCGUCAGGAAGGCGAGAAACACUUUUUUAAAAUUCCAACAGACUCUUGCGCCGUACCUGCCGUCAAAACUCUAAAGACCGACUGCACAGUUCCUGUCUUCACAAUAAAAGCGCUGCUUCAUCCUGCCUGCGCUAACAAAAUAAGAGUCUCAGAAAGCCGGCGCGCACAAGCUAGCGAGCUACGGAGUUUGGCGCCAAUGUAUUUCUUGUAAAGCAGGGGUGCUCAUUACGUCGAUCGCGAUCUACCGGUCGAUCUCGGAGGGUGUGUCAGUCGAUCACCAGCCAGGCAUUAAAAAAAAUAGUCCUAAAAAUGAGCGAUCAUAAAUCUUCACUAUGACGUCACUUUCGUCACUUGAUUGACAUUCACGGCACCCGAGGGUCUUCUGAGAUGACGCUGGCUGCUGCCAGCUCAUUAAAAUUACCGACUGGAAGGCGAGAAACACUUUAUUUCAACAGACUCUGCCGCCGUACCUGUCGUCAAAACUCCAAAGACCGACUGCACAGUUGCACAAUAAAAGCUCUGCUUCAUCCUGCCUGCGCUACCAAAAUAAGAGUCUCAGAAAGCUGGCGUGCACAAGCUAGCAAGCUACGGAGUUUGCCGACAAUGUAUUUCUUGUAAAGUGUAUACAAAGGAGUACGGAAG